CUGCGCCACGGGAUUCAUCGCGAUCCUCGGUCGGGAUAUUUGGCUUUGCAGUUCGACGGCAAGGUUCAAGUUGAGCUUCGGGGCCGUAUCGUAUCGUCGCAACUUUGAAUGCGAGGUGACGAUUACGUCGGUACGGGUCGAGAGACUGUCGUGGUCCUUUAAGCAACUUGCCUUGGCAGCUUCAGUUCGGACGACUGAUUUUCAUUAGCGAACGGAGGGACGACGGCUGCUUCACUCGACUCCUGGGGGUCUAUCAAGUGCUCGGGGCAACCGAGGGUCAGAGUGCGUCGACAAGUUGGCCGUCGCGAGGAAAAUCGUCGCCGAGACAUUAAGAAUGAGGAGGGCCGAGAGUCUAUUGAGGAGACGACCUUGACUGCGAUAAUUAUCUUCAUCGGGAGGGAGGGGUGACGCAGGCUCAUUAUCGGCGACUAACCGACCGAUUAACGAGUAUUGCGCGGGGGCUAACGAAUGCCGGGCAUCGACGCUCAUCCGAUAACAAGAAGGAAAUAACUAGAGGAAGGUAGUCUGGCAAGGGCAAGGAGUCGUGAUGGAUAACGUUACGGAGCACGUAAUCACGGGGCUUCUCCACGCUGGCCGUAACGCCACCUACGUCACCAAGAGGUCCUCUCCUGUGUCAUUUAUCGUGCUCAACUUGGUUUAUAUUAUCGGUGUCCUGGGAAAUAUCUCAGCCUUGAUCAUACUUUUGCACAAGGAUAAGAGGAGAAACCGGAAGCACUUGCUGAUGCUACGCUGCCUGACGAUCAACGAUUUGAUAGCCAUGCUCGGUACCUGGGUGCAAAUGUACAUGUCGAGAUACUGGCCCGGCAAUGGUUUCUGCUAUUUGCACGUUGUUUGGCGGCUGUUUGGGCUCUUUAGCGGAUGCGUGGCCAUCGUCAUGGCUGGUGAACGAUGGCUCGCCCUCACCAGGCCAUUCGUGUACCAGAAGGUAACGUAUCCGAUGAUCGUUCGAUGCAUGCUGCUCCUUUGGGUCGUGGCAUUGACUCUGACCUUUCUACCAUUUUUCGGAUUCGGCCUUUAUCAGAAAGUCACGCUGAUGGGUGUGAAGUGCGAGCGGUACAGAGACGCCGCGAAGCUUAUGGACGUCGCUUAUGCUUACGUGUGGUUCUUCUUCGGUACGGUGCUCUGCCUGUCGAUCGUAUGGUGCAACCUCGCAGUGGCAAGGGCUCUUAAGAGACUGGGGCGUCGAAACGGGGCCCUAAGGAGGAUCUCGAGGGCAUCGUCGAGGGCCAAACCGCUCCUGACCGUGGCUGGACCGCCUCCCGAGGUCGGCAUCACCGCCGAGGAAAGAGCGUUCGCUAAGCUUAUGGCUCUACUUUCCAUAUCUUUCCUUAUUUGCUGGAUGCCCCAGAUGAUAUCGAUUCCUUUGGGGCAGUACUUACAAAAAAUGCCAGCGGCUGGAGUUUUGGCCAAGAAGCUCAUCGCCGGCUUUCAGAAGGUGGCCGAUGUACUGCUGUGCUUGCACUUUACCCUCGAUCCGUACAUUUACGUUUUACUAAGAAUGCCUCGCCCGCGAUUUCCGCUCCUGAAGCCGCUUUGUCGCAUCUGUUGGCCAGUCAGAAGUCGUUCCAGUUCUUUUACAGGAACGACGGAGCAGCAAGGGAGCAGCGGAGACCCUCCGACCCCCAUAACCGAAGCACCAUCGACCCCCGUGAGCGAGGAACGAGAUUCUCAGUUGGUGGCCGUCGCGGUUUGAAGGCGAGAGGCGACGACGCCCUCGUCACCGAGGUGGCGGCAGUCUUGCAGUAAACGACAAAAGUCUGACUCGUGAUAUUCUUUGUUGUGCAUUAUUUUUCACGCUCUCGAUUCGGAAUUUCCCAAAGUGAAGUUGGAAAGACAAUAUCGUUUGUUCCGCCGUCUCCUCAUAUUUUCAUAUCCUCAUUCCAGAUUCUCUCUCUCUCUCUCUCUCUCUCUCUCUCUACUGUUACCAGUACCUCUAUCUUUUUCAUUCUCUAAAGUAACGACAUUUUUCCACGGAGACGUAGAGAAGUGGAUUGAAUUUUUUUAUCGCGUGAAAUGUGUAUCUAUACAGAAUGAAUAUGAUGUCCUAUGUAAAUGGAAUUUCAUUUUAAAAAAAGAAGGCAACUUUGAAAAUUGUCUUUGGAUGUAGAAAUUUAGGAAGCCUUAAUUGUCAAAUCUGUUUAUCCGUAUCUACUGUUUCAGCAAUUUAAAGUUAUAAUUUGCAUAUUAAUUCA